AAAUGGUCACCGCUGUUUGAAAUGUCAAAAGUGUCACAAAAUAAAAGUAAAGAAAAAUUAAUUUGCUGAUUUUUGAUUUUCUACAAUUUUCAUUUGUGAAUUUGAUGUGAUUCUUCGUAGAAAAUAUGCAACAAAAUAUGGUUUUGUUGGCGUUGAAGUUAUAAGAUGUCUAAGACUGUUAAGAGGAAAAUAACUGUAGAGCUACCGAAGCCGCGAGAUUUAUCUAAAAAUCGACUUAGUGUAUUUCAACGUUUAGGAACUAAGAAACUGAAAUCUUUGGAAACUGCUAUCAACAUCAACACAAAACCGAAAGAAACAAAAAUCACUUCAACAAUAACAACAACAACAAACCUUGUGCAAGAGCCAAAACCGGACAAUGUUGAAUUGGAGGACGCUGAUCCAGAUUCAUUAGAAAAGAAACGUGCUGAAUUGCAAAAAGAAUUAGAAUUACAAUUAAAAAUGGAAUCGUCGCGUAAAGUCGCCACAAAAGAAAUCAUUCGAAAGCGGAAGAAAGUCCGGUCCAGCUCCAGCUCGAGCUCGAGCAGCUCGGAUAGCGGAUCGAGCAGUGAUUCAUCGUCUUCGACAUCAUCGAAAGAAUCAAAGCGAAAAAUUCGCAAAUCUAAAUUGCGAAAGCGAGGGUCGAGCAGCUCUUCGGCUGAUGAGCCUAGAAAGAAGUCGGCGAAAGUGAAACGAGUUUGCCACAAGAAGGUUGACGGUACAAAGUCCCAUAAGUCCAGUCAUGGUAAAAAGAUUGAAGGUAAGUUGAGGAAGCGGUCGCAAUCACCAUCGUUGAGAAAGCGUGUCGGAUCAUCGCCGCCGAAGUCCAUACAGAAAGUUCCAAUCAAAAACAAAAUUUCCGUUGAUCCGGCGAAGCAUCAUCGCAUGAAAGAAGCGGCCCGCGAUAGGGAACGAGAGCUACGAGAUCGAGAAAGGGAAAAAGACCGAGAACGGAUGCGAUCAAGGGAGAGGGUAAGAAGUCGCUCACCAAAAAUGCGACCGAAAUCGCGAACACCAAAGCGACUGUCAUCACGCGAUUUAAAACACAAAACACCUCCAAGACGGAUAGGUGGUUCUUCAGGCGGAAGUAUGCGUCGGGACCGUAGCAUCGAUCGCGUAGUUAAGAAAGAUUUCAAGCGACAUGACAGCAGGGAAAGAGAGCGUGAACGACGCGAAAAAGAAAGACUUUGUAGGGAAGAUGCUCGUGAAGCAGCCAGAGAAAAAGAAAGACAGGAAAUUUUGGCGAGGUGUCAAGAACGACAUGAAAGGGAGCGCCGAGAAAAAUUACGCCGAGAAAGAGAUGACGACCGAAUCAAACCAGAACGUUUACUACCACGACCUGCAGAACGAGCUAUGGCAAUCGCCGCUGCGAGGGAUCGCAGUCGUGAUAAAUCAAUUGAUCGCGAUCGACUUCGAUCUGUUUCGCACAGUCGCAGCGGUAGAGAAAGAAUGGAACGAGAGAAGGAACCGAUGCCGUACGAUCGUGUGUAUGAACGCGACGAUCCGAGAUAUGAAACUCACGAUCGGCGUAUUGAAAAAGACGAUCGAGGAAGUCUACGAGAUGAGCGUGACUACAUCCGAAGACAUGACGAUGGGCGGGCUGAAUCACUGAAUAGUCCAUACUUGUCGCGAGAAAAACGUAUUGUUGAACGUGAUGAUAUCGAGUGGGAAGCUGGUGGUCAUGGUGUUGUUAGCGAUCAACGAUACGACGAUUUAAGAGAUGAGCGUCGGAUGACACACGAUUACGGAUCAAGGGCCUACAUUGACGAUCGUCAUAUCGCUGAACGUGAUAGGGAUUGGAUUAGAGAAACAGAAAUGGGAAGAACCGAUGAGCGUGGCAUGUACGAUCGUACAAUGGAUCGGCAUGUGGGCCGUGAAUGGGACAGAGCAGAUACGAGCCAUGCUUUGCCUAGAGACAAUUAUGUUGAUAAUCGUGAAUGGAGCGGUGGAAUGAAUGAACGUCAAUGGGAUAAUAAGGGUAAGUGGCAACAGCAACAAGAAGGCGAAGAAAAUUGGGAUGAAGGUGAUAGCAAAUGGCAAGACUAUAAUCGAUUAUCUGAUACAAUUCAUCAUGACGGUGGUAUAGGUGCUGGAAUUGGCAAUAUGGGAAUGAAUGAUGUGCAAAGAGGCGGCCCGAAUCGUCGAUGGAACAGCUGGAGAGGUCGACGGGGAAGUCAGCAUCAUAGUGGCGAUUUCAGGCGCCAACAAGAUGGGUUCCAGCAUGAUCGAAGUAGUAUGGUGUAUCGCCGUCCACCAGAUGUGGUACCAACGGAAACGAUUUCACAGUCGAAUGCAACCGAUCCGGUUAUUAUUCAUGCAAGCACUGUUGCUUCAACUCAAUCGAGCCUUACGCCAAAGUCUGAUGUGUCGAUGACUGCAGUCGUUCCGAGAUCGUCAGUAACGCUAGUAGUCCCUGCUGAGAUUAAAGUCGAUGAAAAGAAAGACGAUGUGAUUGACGAAGCAUCCGUGGUCCCUGAAGAACAACUAUUGGAAGAAGUUAUCCCAGAUGAUCUGAGUGAAUUCAGUGACGAAGCCGACGAAAUACUUAAUCGCCAAGAGGAGGAUGAUUUGCGAUUCUUUACAUUGUCAACCGAAAAGCAAUCUCCGCCAAAGCAACUCGAUCAGCAAAAUUUCAAUCAGUUUAUUGACGAUUUAGAUGGUUACGGAAGCGGCCAAUACUUUCGACCUGACUACGAGCCCGAGCUUCUCGAAAAACAAAAUUCACAAAAUGACUUCAAUGCACCGAUUGAACCACCGUUGGAAUCGACUGUUGGACCAACGGCCGUUGGUGAUCCGGUUAAAGACACGGAACCGUUAUUGAUUGAAAAACAGCCGACACCUACCGAUCUGAAUGAAGUGAAGGAGUUACCCGAUGAGAUGGAUCUGGAUUUCGAAGAAAUUUCCGACGGUGAAUUGGAGGAGGAAGCCCGAAUCCGCGGAUUGGGCGAUGCUUUGGGUGUUGAUUGGGCUAGUUUAGUCGAAGAAUCGAAGGCAAUAGCCCGUGAAAAAUCGAUUUCCACACAAACAUCAGCUAAGCAGCGAUGGCAACCUCAUUCGAUUUUGCUGGAUGUGGGAAUAUCGCACAAAUGGGCUGGACAAGCAUUGGCGUGUAGAAUUCUGAACGAUGCACAACAAAAGCUGAAAAAGGAACGAGAACGGUUGCAGGAAGUCGUUGCAGAUGCUAAACUGAACGAUGGCACGUUUAAAGUGAAGGGAGAAAAAUUGGAUCCAGAUUAUGGUGACAUUCCCGAUGCUACUGUUAAUGUAACCAUGAACUUGGACGAAAUCAAAAAGGAAGACAACAUUAUGCUGUCGAUCCAUCAGCCGAUAGCGUGCAUACAGGUUGGCAGUCGUAAUAGUGCUGAUGUGCGAAGGAAUUUGGUGUUUAAAGCAACCGGACCGUUUAGUCGGGCACUAUCCGCUAGAUCGGAUUUGCAAAUGAGAAGAGUUUUGUGCGGUUUGCCGAAGAGAGAAAUUGGAUGUUUUGAAACUGUUCAAAAGAUAGAUCCAGCGUACACUGCAUUGGCCGCUACUUUAUUUCAACGAGCAAUUAAAGAGGCAAACUGAAUUGUUCAGAUCUUUUUGUCAUUAUUUUCUUUUGUAAAAUAAAAACGAGAAAAA